GCUAUAUUUAGAGGGCCAUAGUUAUAUUGGAAGGUCUUCUGACCUGGGACCCUAUUCUACUCAGUCUAGCCGGACAGUGUGCUGAGAGCUGCUUUUUCUGAACCCUUGGUCAAGUGACGUUUCUAUCAGCAUGGAUCCAAAAGCUGUUAGAGAAGAUUUGCGCCUGUUUCAGAGUACUCUGCUCCAGGAUGGCCUAAAAGAGCUUCUGAAUGAAAACAAGUUUAUUGACUGCAUUUUGAAAGUGGGAGACAGGAGCUUGCCCUGCCAUAGACUCAUUCUGGCAGCAUGUAGUCCUUAUUUUCGAGAACUUUUCUUCCCAGAUGAAUCUAAACAGGUGGAUAAGGAGGUUGUUUUGGAGAACUUGGACCCCACAGUCAUGGAGAUGAUUGUGAAUUACAUGUAUUCAGCAGAGAUUGACAUCACAGAUGACAAUGUGCAGGAAAUCUUCGCAGUGGCAAACCGUUUCCAGAUCCCCUCAGUGUUUACUGUGUGUGCAAAUUUUCUACAGAAGAGACUGUCGUCGGGUAACUGUAUGGCUAUAUUCAGAUUGGCACUGCUGCUCGACUGCCCAAGACUAGCCUUGGCAAGUCGAAAUUACAUUGCAGAUCGUUUUGAAACCCUGGCCAAGGUGGAUGAUUUUUUACAACUAGACCCUCAUGAACUGUUUGCCGUCAUAGGAGCAGACUCUCUGAAUGUAGAGAAAGAGGAGAUAGUGUUUGAAUCCCUGAUGAAAUGGGUUCAAAAAGACAAGGAGAACCGUGUCAAGAGUAUGGAUGAGGCGUUUGACCAUGUCCGUUUCCGUUUACUCCCAGAGAAGUACUUCAAUGACAAAGUGGAGAAGGAUGACAUUAUCAAGUCUGACCCUAACCUCCUCAAAAAAAUCAAAAUAAUUAAAGAUGCCUUUGCUGGGAAACUCCCUGAGAAAACAGAAGAGUCAGCAAAAGAUUCAGUCCAUGGAGAAGGAGAGAAUAACAGGUUACCUGGUUAUCUGAAUGAUAUGAAGAGAGUUGGCAUGUACACCAAGGAUCUAGUGUUGAUGAUCAAUGACACUGCUGCAGUAGCCUAUGAUGGCGUUGAGAACGAAUGCUUCCUUGUGGCAAUGACUGAGCUAAUACCACGCAACCAUGUCAGCCUGAGAACAAAGAAGAAUGAUCUCUUCACCCUGGGAGGGUUGUUUGUUGACGAGGAGGAUAAAGAAGCUCCAUUACAAUGCUAUUUCUAUCAGCUGGAUGUCCUUGCUGCUGAUUGGAUAGCUCUGCCCCCAAUGCCCUCUCCCAGAUGUUUGUUCAGUAUGGGAGAAUUUGAUAAUCUCAUCUUUGCUGUAGCUGGUAAAGAUCUACAGUCCAACGAGUCUAUUGAUUCUGUUAUGUUCUAUGAUGUUGAAAAAAUGAAGUGGACUGAGACCAAAAAGCUCCCUCUGAAAAUCCACGGUCAUAGUGUUGUCUCCCAGAAUGGUUUGGUGUACUCUAUCGGAGGAAAGACAGAUGACAACAAAGCCAUCAAUAAAGUGUUUGCGUACAACCACAAGAAAUCAGAGUGGAAGGAGGUGGCCGCCAUGGAAACAGCACGGUCCAUGUUUGGGGCAGUAGUUCACAACGGGAAGAUUGUGGUGACCGGAGGGGUCAAUGAAGAUGGUCUAACCGCUGCAUCGGAAGCUUAUGACUUUGGAACCAACAAGUGGGAGCCCUUCACAGAUUUCCCCCAGGAGAGGAGCUCAGUGAAUCUGGUCAGCAGUGGAGGACUGCUUUAUGCUGUGGGAGGCUUUACCAUAGUGGCUACAGAGGAAGACCAAGUUGCCCCUACUGAAGUUAUUGAUGUCUGGCAGUAUGAAGAAGAUAAGAAGCAGUGGAUUGGGAUGCUGAAAGAACUGCGUUAUGCUGCAGGGUCUUCCUGUGUAUCUAUGCGCCUGAAUCCUGCCAAAAUGCCCAAACUGUGA